AUGGAUAAGCACAAUGUUUCCGGUGCCCGGGACGCUUGGCGGGGAUGGUGGACGGUGGGAGCAGCCUUUAUGACACACCUUUUUACUCACGGGGUCGUGUACUCGUACGGCCUCCUCUUCCGGCGGUUAGAGGCGGACUUCAUGGUCUCCAAGGCGGCCACAUCCUGGAUAUCCUCCACAACAGCCGGUAGUCUCUACCUAACAGGUCCACUGGCGAGCGCCUUGUCGUUGCGGUUGGGUAACCGGAAGGUAGCAAUCUUGGGUACCAUUCUGUCAUCCGUCGGCUGUCUCGUCACCGUCUUUGUGAGAGAUUUUCCCCUCUUGUAUCUCACUCUGGGAGUUACAACCGGAGUCGGGUACGGACUAAUCUACAUCCCAGCAGUGGUGGAGGUGACAUUGAGCUUUGAGUUGUACCGGGCCGUCGCCUGCGGGGUCGCCUUGGCUGGUGCAGGCGGAGGGGCCUUCAUCAUGGGGCCAGUAAUAGAGGUUUUACUGGAAUACUACGGCUGGCGCGGUAGCACGCUUAUACUGUCGGGACUGCUGCUUAACUGCAUACCAUGUGCGCUUGCAUUUCGAGACACGCCCCUCUUGGAGAGCCUUGCACCGCGUAGGGUUUUCGAACAGGAGAUUAAGGUACUCGAUUGUGAAACAACAAAGACACACAUCCAGUUAUAUACGGACGAUAAUAGUGACGCCAUGGAGUCUCAUCUUGUUGACAGUGUUCAGGUAUAUACGGACAAUAAUAGUGACGCCAAUGAGUCUUCUGUUGAUGGUAUUGCGCUGGAGAUCAAAGCUGAAAAGGAAGAAAUGUUGCCAAAAGCAAACGGCAACUUGCAAAACAUCGUAGCGGAAAACAGAUCAGAGCAUUUGUUAUUCAGGAUAUGUGACUUGCUUAGAAAACCAUCUCUGGCGAUAUGGUAUUCUGUUCAAAUUGCAAUUUUGUUUGGAUUUUACUCCCCAUUUAUGCUUUUGCCAUCAAAAGCAAUUAAUGACGGACUUGGCGGUUGGCAGGGAGCCUGGGUGAUAUCGGCCAUGGGACUGAGUACCGUGGUUGGGCGAGUGGUGUUGGGCCUUCUCGCAGACAUCCUGAGUAGCCGGAGAAUUUUAAUCUACAAAACUGCUGUUAUUUUGACUGGCGUUGACAUUAUGAUGUUCGUUUGGACGAACACCUUUCCAUCUGUGAUGAUAUGUGCUGUGUUCUAUGGGUUAACAACAGCGGUUUUGAUGUCGCAAAACUCAGUCGUAUUGGCGGAGGUGGCCGGACUUGACCGAGUGUCUGAAGCGAUGGGUCUCAACAACAUGUUCUCCGGCAUAGGCUGUCUCCUCGGCAUACCAAUAACAGGUUUCUUAUUUGACGUGACUGGAGAGUAUUUAGUGCCGUUUAUAUUGUCGGGGGCAGUUGUGGCUGGAGGCGGACUUGUCCUAUGUGUAGGUCUGCGCCUACCCUCCGAUAUCCGAAACAGGGCUGCGUAG